UGUGAAAUAAAACGUCGCCGGAUCCACUCCACAUUUUCCCAUGCGCCCUUAUUAAGGGCUGUGUGUGUUAUAAGGAGAAUUCGAGGAAAUAGACACAACAAACAAGAAGGGCGUGCAGAAUAACAGGAAAACGUUGGUAUGUGCUGACUGAAUGAGGGAAAAUGUGAAGAAAAGCGAGAAAUCAGGACGCAUUUCUUUGCUGCUGCUGCGUCCCCGGCGCAUCUGUAGGCUACCUUCACCGAAGGAUGCUGCAUCUCUUCAACCGUUGCUAUCUGCUCAUAAUCCAUGCAGUCUUCUCAAUUGCAUCUCACUGUGAAUAUUACAACCUAUGACGGUGGGGAGACGAUGUGCGAGCAGGCUUUCUGGGAGCAGAAAAACUGACUGAACGUUUAGAAGAUUUUCCCUGAGCAUCUGCAAGGAUUUUUCUGCUCGCAGUCCUCAGUCGCAUCACCGCCGACUUCAGUUAGACGAAAAGGAGGGAAAAAAGACAGACUUGAUAAUCUCCUGUUAAAUUAUUUAGCAGUAUCUGUUCCUCAAACUCAACAUAUGCUGGUGUCUUUGUCUUGCAUCUUGCGUGCAUGAUCUUAAAACCAGGCUUGAGGUGGCGGUGACACGGAUGAAAGCCGAUGGCCAGGCUCCCCACAUUUUCUCAGAAGGGGGAUGCAACCUAAAAUAACCCCGGUGCCAAAUGUUUCUCUAUAAGGUUUGCAGAUUGAACCCGGUUGCUGAAUUAUCCCUGCAGCUUUCCGCACAUCGCAAGCUGAGGGAGACCUGAAUCUGUGACACGUAGGGCUACAGCUUCUCCGGAGACUCUCCCCCCUCCAGCCCCUCCAGCCCCCACCACUCGAAGCCCGGACACCGGCGACUUUUUAAUGGCUUUUGUGUUCAGAAGAUGGAGGGUUUUACUGGUGCUGAACGUGAUUGCGGUUGCUGGGUUCAUGACUUUCUGGGCCAAGUGCAACACACGCAGCGUCCAAGCCGCCGGUCCGGAGGCUCCGGCUAACGGGAAGAGGCCCCGGGGCAACGGGACGGCGCAGGGGCCCAGCAUCAGCCAUGAGGUGCUGCUGAAGAGGCUCAGCUCGCUGGAGGACGUGGUCUACAGGCAGUUAAACGGUCUGUCCAAAUCUCUGGGCCUGAUUGAGGGCUUCGGGGGUCGGGGUAAAGGCGGCCUCCCCGCCACACUGUCGCCAGCUGAGGAGAGCGACGCGAAAUACCUGAGGGAGAAAUACGGCUACAACUCCUACCUCAGUGACAGAAUCUCUCUGGAUCGGACCAUACCGGACCACCGGCCCGGCAAAUGCAGAAAGGUCAGCUACCCGAGAGACCUCCCCCAGAUCUCCCUCAUCUUCAUCUUUGUCAACGAGGCUUUGUCGGUGAUCCUGCGCUCUGUCCACUCAGCUGUCAAUCACACUCCGGCUCACUUGCUCAAAGAAAUCAUCCUGGUGGACGACAACAGCGAUGAUGAGCAGCUGAAAGGACCACUGGAGGAGUACGUGAACAAGCGCUACCCUGGUCUGGUGAAGAUUGUCAGGAACCAGAGGAGAGAGGGACUGAUCCGAGCCAGAAUCGAGGGCUGGAAGGUGGCCACCGCCGAGGUGACGGGAUUUUUUGACGCCCACGUGGAGUUCACGCCAUCCUGGGCAGAGCCGGUUCUUGCCAGAAUAAAAGAGGACCACAAGAGGAUUAUUCUGCCCUCCAUCGACAACAUCAAGCAUGACACUUUUGAGGUGGAGCGCUAUGAGAAUUCAGGCCAUGGUUACAACUGGGAGCUGUGGUGCAUGUACAUCAACCCGCCCAAACAGUGGUGGGACGAGGGGGACAUAUCUGCUCCCAUCAGGACUCCCGCCAUGAUUGGCUGCUCCUUCGUGGCCAACCGCGACUACUUUGGCGAACUCGGCCUGCUCGACUCAGGCAUGGACGUCUAUGGAGGGGAGAACAUCGAACUGGGCAUCAGGGUGUGGCUAUGCGGAGGCAGUAUGGAGGUGCUGCCUUGUUCCAGGGUGGCUCACAUUGCACGGAUGAAGAAACCCUACCAUAGUAACAUAGCUUUCCACACACGGCGUAACGCUCUACGCGUGGCUGAGGUCUGGAUGGAUGAGUACAAAUCCAAUGUCUACUUGGCCUGGAACAUCCCCAUGGAGAACCACGGUAUUGAUUAUGGAGACAUCUCUCAGAGGGUUGCACUGAGGAAGAAUCUGCAGUGUAAAAGCUUUGAGUGGUACCUCGACAACGUUUACCCAGAGAUGAGGAGGUACAACAACACGCUGUUCUACGGCGAGAUUCAUAACUCUAAAGUGAGCCACCUGUGUAUGGAUCAGGGUAUGAAGGAGAACCACACAGCCACCCUGCACCCCUGCCAUGGAUGGGGUCCUCAGUUGGGACGUUACACCAAAGAGGGUCAGCUGUUCCUGGGCCCUCUGGGCAGCACCGGGGAGGACACUCGCUGUGUGGUGGAUGAUCAGAUCAGCAGCUUUCCUCAGCUCCUCAACUGUGACAAGGUGACCAACGUGAAGCAGAAGACAUGGCAUUUCUCUCAGAAUGAAUCGAUCAUAAAUCGAGCCACCGGACGCUGUCUGGAAGUGGUGCCGGCUAACGUUUACUUUGGCCACCUGCUGGUCUUGCAGCCCUGCUCCGGUCAGAGGUGGACCAUCAAGAACACCAUGAAGCAGUAGUCGACUGGCCAAUUUCACUGGGACCAAUGACACCAAAGGCCAUUUUCAAGAGAUGUCACCUGACCUCAGCUUGGCUGAGGGACAAUUGAUGAGGCAGAAGCUCCUCUUCUUCUCAACUAAAGAUGGAGAUGGUUUAAAAGAGAUAUCAGCUGUGAACAUCUGAGCGAUACAAGUUGGACAUUCAAAAUGAUGCAAGUUUAGCAUGAGCACUGUUUCUCUCUCCAUGUGAAUUUGACAAACUUUCGAUGUAACGUUGCCAUAAUUCCUGUAUGUGCCACUUCUCUACGAUGUUUUUAGGUUUAAGGAUGGAGAUUUGAUCAGCCAAAACUGUGUUCUGUCUUAUGUGGGGGGAAAAUAAUAAGGUUUCUAUCUUCAUCCUCAAAAUGUUUCUGCAUUAUUUCAUUCUGUAUCAUUGUUAUGUCUUUUAAGAUGAGUAAAAGAAUAAAAUACCUGGAAUUAAAUUUUCAGUAAUAUGCACUGAUCAGAAUACAAUGGUAGUUUGAAAUAGGCUUCAUUAGUGGUUCUCGACCUUUUAGCUUAAGAUUCAUGAAAAUUAAGGAGUGUCUAAUUAUGACAAGCAUAAAUUUAACAGUGAAAUAAACAUUAAUGCCCAAAUGUAAUUUCUAAUUUUUUCGUACAGAAGCAUAGACCCUGUAAAUAUUUAUAAUUUGAAGAAAAGGCAUUAAAAAUUAAUAUUACUUGGUGUAUUGGACUCUGGAUUUUGCAGUUGUUGUAAAUCAUCUCAAAAAUCACAUUGUUGAGGGCUACUGGGCUAAAUCAUGGUUUUAUAUGUUGUGGAUGCAUUUGUCUUUUUUAUUGUCAUUUUUACUCAAAGCAUUCGGUAGCACCAAAUGCAGUACAUCUUGUAGCAUGAUUGUAAGUACUGUAUGCACAUGGGGACAAAGUUUAGUUGAGCUGAGUUGAUUUAUUCUGUUACCUGCUGAGUGCCAUAACUACUGCAGACGGCCAAAACUAACAGGCUGCAGCCUGAAGCACUUUUUUGGACACAGAGAUAGAACUGCAGACUAUGAGAGGAAGAUUGAAUCAGGAAUGGAACAGUGCAUUGAUGGUGGAAAUGCUGAAGGCCUUCAAGUUGAUGUAUUGAGAUGUAUAUGAUGUCAUAUAUUCAAUUAAUUCAAUGUUAUCAGUUGGAUUUUUGCUCCCAAGAUUGUCUUCCAAUAAACAACUGGUUUCCUGG